AUGAACAGGCUCUGGAACAUCAGGCGCCUGGACCCCCUGCCGGGCCACGCGCAGUGGGUCCCUGUGCUGGGCCAGCUGCAGAAGACCCUCCAGAAGGGAGAGUACCUGCCCCUCCGCCCGCUGCCCAUGUUCGAGAGUAACUUUGUCCAGGUGACCAGCCGAGGGGCCCCCGUGUACAUACACCACAGAACCAACCAUCUGACCAUGGGCGUGGCUGCCUCCCUGCCCGGCCCGAUGCUGCCGGACCUGCUGCUCAUCGCCCGGCCCUCGGACGGCAGGGACUGCUCCGGCCUCAUCCUCACCAGGAUGAUCCCGCUGGACCUGGUCCACCUCUGCGUCCACAACCUGUCUGCCUGGCGCCUGAAGCUUUGCUUGAUCACAGGCCGUUACUACUACCUGGAGCUGAACGCCCCCAACAGCGAGGUCGCGUUUCUCUUUGACCGCUGGAUCCAUCUCAUCCGCCUGCUCCAAGAGCCGGCCGUCUUCUGGACGCCCAGGGCCCUGAAAACGCCCCUCUCGGACCUGGCCCGGCUGGCACCUCCCGCCUCCACCUGGCGCCUCCAGGACCCGUCCCGUGGCAGAUGUUCAGUCAUGGCUGUGGAUCCCCCCUUUCCUCACAAGAAGCUGAAAUCUCAGAAACAGAGGAAGGCCAAGACCCCCAAGCGCCAAGUCAAGUCGCAGGCAGUGGGCGACUCCGUGCCUCUCGUCUGGUCGCAGCUGGAGCACCCUGGCACCCGGAAGAAAGCCGCAGAGAGAAAGUCCCACCCAGACUUCGGCCCUCACAGCUCUCAGACCAGAGUCCAGUUUUCUGGGGAGCCCAACAUCACCAUCCGGACCAUCUUCAGCAACGUGUCCAACAUCAUCAACCAAAAGCUGUCUUCCUCCAAGGCAAGCUAUACGCUGGCGGCCCGAGCCCGGCUCCCGGGUCUGAGGGAGGAGGCGCCGGGGCCCGGUCCGUGUCUGAGAGGCUCCCCGGGCCCUGACCGACCCUCCCCUCGUCCUCCUCCACUCCAGAGCUGUGCAUCCGAGUCCGACGGGGCGGCGCUCCUUGGCAGCUCAGUGGGCCCCCCUUCACAUUGUAUCUCAGAGAGCAGCCCCGAUAUUUCCCUGCUGGUCUCCUAUGACCACGUGGAUAUGCAGCGAAACAUGGAAGACCUGUCGGACACCGAAUCCAGCACUUUGUCCUCCGACUCCCUUGGCCAGGCCGCCUACUAUCCCAGCUUCUACCUGCCUGCCUCCUACUUCUCUGUCCCCAAGCACAACCAAAAGGCCAGGCCUCCACCCUCCCACGAAACCCCCUCCGCCCCUUGCACCUCUUGGAAGGACCCAUUCAUCCUUGACCAGUCCCAGAAGGCCUCAGCUGUACUUGCUCCAUCUUGGAAGGCCCCGGCGGGAUCUUCUGCUCCCCAGAAGACUCCAGUUCCAGCUUCUGUUCCCCAGAAAGCCCCAGCCAUACGCAGCCCAUCCAGGAAGACCCCACGUGUCCUGGCCAUUUCCCAGAAGGUGGCAGCCAUACGUUCCCUGUCUCGGAAGACCCCACCGUGUGUCGCAGGUGUUCCCCAGGAAGCCGUGCCCUGUCCUGUCCCCACACAGAAACCUCUGUUCCUACCUACCCUGUCCCCGAAGGCUCCGGCUUCACCCGCGCGAUACCAGACCCAGACGACUUUGGGCUCUGCUGAUCUGGGCCCGUUGACCAGGGGAUGUUGCGUUGAGAAUGCGCUUGAGAGAAGCCAGCCUGAGGGGAAAACAGAGCCGUUGGUGCUGCUGGGCGCCCAGGCGACAAAAGUCACACAAGUGCGGGCCCAGAAAAUGCCCUUCAGCACCACCAAGAAGGAGCUGAAGGGGGUCGUGAUCAGCACAGCCCAGGACAUACCCCUGGACGGCCCGAAGGACAAGGGCAAGUUGGAGGACAAGGUCCACGGGGUGAAGGAGGGGGGACCCGCGGGCUUGCCUGCCUUCAAGCCCGAGCCGAUGCGGCAGCAGAAGUGGGUCAAGACCCAGGCGCUGGCAGUGGAAGGGGGCCCACAGGAGCGCAGAAGUCCCUUCUCUGUGAAGGAGCUCACUUUUGCCAAGAUGGUGAUCCUGGCCAACUCCAGGGAGCUGCCCUUGAGACCGGAACUGGUCGGUUUGCCCUCCUGUCUCUUGAGCCCCCAGGUGUCUGCCGCGUCAAGGCUGUGCCCAGAGACCCUGGACCCCAGCCAGGUUACCGUGUUGGAGAGGACGCCGGCGGCGGGCAGGGAGGCAGAGAAGCCGCUCUCGGACCAGAGGUGGCCUUUCAAAGCGUCCCCCCGCUCCAAGCAGGCCCCUGGCAGCCCGAGGGCAGACCAGGGCUCCCAGGCGCCCACAGCGUUGCCCGCAAAGAGGUGGGAGAACAUCCAGCCACCCCUCUCGCCGAGCUCCAUCUCAAAGAUGGAGGCCAGAGCACCCCAAAAGCCCAACAGGGAGCCUCAGGGGACCGAGGGUGUGCCAGGCCAGUGUCCCCUGGCCACAGCAGGGUCAUCCUUAGAGAUCCUCAUGCCCAAGCUCUUGGAAAUUGAGGAUACGAAGGGCAUGACGAACAAGAUGGAGAAGACAAAGAAAAGACUGAGUAUCCUCACCACUUGGCCCAGGUACCUGGGGAGAAAGGACCGCUGGAGUUAUCAGCAAGGUGACAUGGUGGGGACAAGGACGUGA